AUGGGUCUCCUCCGGACUAUGUCCCCACCAACGGGCCGCUGGGGCUGGACCUGUACUCCACACCGCAGUACAAACCAGGCCAACCAGGGCCAGACCUGGGUUAGUAUCACCCACAUACAGGGAAUAACACCCUCACCCCGCCACACACACAAACCCUGUGCUGGAAAACAGCAGCACUUUGGGGAAAUUUGCCUGGUUGAUAGGAAAAUCACAGGGAGUGUGAAAAAGAGAGGGCUUUGCUUCUCAAAGCUUCUCAAGUUUUGUAGGUAGCUAGCUCGUGAUGCUAUCCGCUCUCUCUCUCUCUCCCUCCUUCCUCCCUCCUUCUCUCCCUCCUUCCCUCCCUCCUUCCCUCCUUCCUUCCCUCCCUCCUUCUCUCCCUCCUUCCCUCCCUCCUUCCCUCUUUCCUUCCCUUUCCUCCGUCCUGCAGAGAGUGUGUAUGAGGUGGUGGUUGCGCGUGGCGAGAGUUUGAAAGAAGAAAUGGCGGCAGGGGCGAUGGCAGGGGCGAUGGCGUGGGUGACGGCGCCGGAGGAAGGCAUGGCACGAGCUAAUGCGGCAGUCACGGCCUUCAGGUUCAUCAUGAAGCAAAGCUACAUCUGUGCUCUCAUCGCAAUGAUGGUGAGUCUGUGUGUGUGUGUGUGUGUGUGUGUUGUGUCUGUCUGAGGAGGAGGAGGAGGAGGAGGAGAAGGAGGAGGAGGAGGAGGAGGAAGGAACAGUCUGCCUUUUCAGUCCCAGGCGGGGGCUUCAGGAUCCACACACACAGCCUCCCAGUGGCCAAUUUAGUCAGCCCCAGUUGGCCCUGGGUAAUGUGUAUCAUGUAGUACCGAAGCGUCACCUCAUAAACCAAAGAAGAGAUGUGUGUUCUCUCUUCAUGGGCGGUUGGUUGGUUAGUGGAGCACUGCUGAGGUCACUGAUAGGUAGAAAGGCCACCCUCUCUCUGGAGAAACAACCUUGGCCUGCACUCUGUUUUACACGUCUAAGAAGAGUGUCACAUAAUUUGAUCUGUUGGUAAAGGAUAUUCAGUAGCCAUGCUAUGCCAGUGACUGCUCUCACUGAAGUGGUUCCUUUAGUAACACCAGUGAUACCAAUGAUGUGUGAUGCUUAACCUGUAUUAUUAGUGGCUUGAUGAUCUAGCUUUCUCUCCCUUACUCUCUCUCUCUCUCCGUCCCCAUCUCUCCCUCCUCCCUCCUCAUCUCUCCCUCCUCCCUCCCCAUCUCUCCAUCUCUCCCUCCCUCCUCCCUCCUCAUCCCUCCCUCCCCAUCUCUCCAUCUGUCCCACCCUCCCUCUCCAUCUCUCCCUCCCUCCUAGGCGUGGAGUAUCACUUAUGUUAGCUGGCUGACCUUUGUGUUCCUCAUCUGGUCCUGCACGCUGUGGAUGGUGCGCGACCGCCGCCAGUACGCCAUGAUCACCUCCCCCUUCAUGGUAUUUUAUGGGAACCUGUUGAUCAUCCUACAGUAUAUCUGGAGCUUUGAGCUCCUCCAACCCGUGCCCGGGCUUUUCUUAAAGAAAGAGGUGCCCUUCCGGGAACUGGGCUCCAAGAUGCUGUGCCUGCUGAGUUUCUGGCUGCUGCUGAGACAGGCGUUGACAGAGAGAAAGGAGAGACAGAGAGAAGAGGAGGUGCUGUCGGACAUCAGGGUCAUCCAUGCCCACAAGAAGGGUAAGACAGCCCCUGAGUCUGUCAGUCAGUCUGACUGGCUGUCUGUCUGA